CACUGUUUGUAAUAGUUGUAAAACGUUUGUUGAUACACUUGGUACAUUUGAGCACAGUGAAAUAAAAGUGCCCGUCUACAUUAGAAAUUAUUAUAUGAAAGACAUUUGUGAAAUUUUUGCUAAGCUAUAGGACUAGGAGUUCCAAAAUCUGCAUAAGAAGUAUUGAAAGUAACUUCAGAAAUGGUAAAAAUUAUGAGAAUAAAGGUGUUGAGGAAGACCGCAAUUGUUGUCACAGUGUCAUGUUUCUUCAUUGCUUGCCUUACUGUGUGGAAAAAUACACAUAGACCUCAGAGGAAGUUCGAAAAUACGCAAGUUAAAAUAGGCAUUUUGAUUCCAUUUCAUGACAUAAAAUUUUCGCUCGACGAUGUUUUUAAGUUGAAGACUGCGAAUGAUCAAUUUGCAUUCAAAGUAUACAGGAGAAAUGGUAAUGUUGAAAAACGCCUAAAUACCGAUUUAAAUGUCAAUAAUGGAGUCGCAUCCUUUGGAGCAUCUACUAAAACAUUCACCCAGACGGUAAAUCAUUUGGCACAUAGAUCGGUAAAAGACGGCAUGGAUUACCUGAUUUUGGUAUGUAAUGGCAUGUUUUCUAAUGUCCUCAAUAGAGACGGGAUAAAAUAUUCAAUAAAGAAGCUUAAAGAACACAUUGUAUCAGACCUUGGCAUAGUUGUCACAUCCGAAUUUGGUGAAACACAAUUGACGCGGCCGUAUUUUAUUGUCAUGCAUCAGUCUCAUCUGGAAGUGUUCAAACAUUUCUUCCCCGUUGAUCUUGAUUUAGACAAUUUGGAAGCAAUUCAGUGGAUUACGGAUAUUUAUAAACCAUAUCAUAUCACAGAACUGAAAGUUCAAAACUCUACGGAGUCAUUGCAAUUGAGCGUUCAGUUUAAAUUUGGAAACAGUUUGAACGAUAAACCUUUAGAACAAUAUCGAAAUAAAAUCACUAACUAUAUCAUUUCAAAGCAGUCAGUCCAUAUUGUUUCUUACUCAUUAUUUGGUUCAAAUACCCGUUACACAGACGGCGCACUGGCAAAUACAGAAUUAAUUAAAACCAUAUAUCCGAGCUGGAUAGUGUGGUUAUAUCACGACAACACCGUCUCCUUAAAUAUAACAUCUACUCUUUGUGAGAAAACCAUCGUAAAAUGUAUAGAUAUGACAGGAAUUAUGUUAAAAAACAAAAUGUCUUGGCGUUUUCUGGUCGCUUCUGUGCCUUUUGUGUCACGAUAUAUAAUAAGGGAUAUAGAUUCAAGGUUAUCUGCACGUGAGAAAGCGGCCGUAGAUGAAUGGAUUGCGUCUGGAAAAAGAUUUCACGUGAUGCGUGAUCACCCAUCACACUCUUCCUACGCUAUGAGUGGUGGAAUGUGGGGUGGUACAAGGGAAGCCAUUCCUAACAUGGAACUUUUGUUAAAACAUCGAGUUAUGAACGACAAAUACCUUCAAGACAUGAACUUCCUUAAUAGCAUAGUAUGGCCGAUUGCGCAACAUUCUGUGUACCAGCAUGACUCUUUCUCAUGCGACCGAUUCGGAGGAGGUCAUCCGUUUCCUUCGAAACGUGUUGGACUGGAGCAUGUCGGAAGCAUUUAUAUAAAUGGAAAAAUGAGGAAAAUAGACACGGAUAUUUUAAACAAUUCAAAAGCGCCAGCACAAUGUCAGUUUAAUUCUAAAACCAAAAGCAAGCAGAUUCAUCGCUUGACUUAACAUAAACAGCUUAAUAUCAGUUCUUAAGAUAUCGACCAAAAUUCACUAAAGUAUCACUUUAAAUGUGAAAUGUUGGAUUCCUGACGUUAAAUUGUAUCUAUUAAAAUCAGUUUUCAUCACCUACUACGCGUAAAACAGUAAUUAAAACUGCCAAAUAUUAUAGAAAAAGAUACCAAUUUUGUGGUAACUAAUUACAGAAUCUUACGUCUUAGCAUAAAAAAAUAAUAAACCUUAUUUUAGAGAGUAUUCGCAUGUAGUAUUAUCAGAAAUAUACAUAAGUUUUUUCGAUUGUUUUAUUUGUAGUGCGUAAAAAAUCUGAAAAAUCAUAUAGAUUAGUCAAUGACUUGAGUGGCGUACAAUGUAGUGAAAUAACUUCCGCAAAAGCAGACAUUCAUAAUGUUAAUCAAAAACAUAAAACUUAGGAAACUCAGACCCGUACCUUGGAAAGUGAUAGAAAUAGAAUCUGCAUUGACUGAUCUCAAAAUGCGGCAAAUGAGAGAAAAUCUAAUCUUUUAUGGAAAAGCAGAAGCAACGGGCGGUCAAACUGAGAAAUUGUCAGGAAAUCAUCUGGAAAAAAAACAUAAGACAUUUUUGGAAUGCCCAAAGAAGCUACAAAUAGCAUCAAAAUUUAUUUUGCAAACAGAGUUGAGAAAGAGGACAAAAAGUGAAACAAGAGCUCCGUAGGACAGCCAAUGCUUGACUUAUCGAAUUGUUGUCCUAUGGGACUUGAUUAUGUGAGGUUGGUUAUUGACCUAGAAAAAAAAUCUAAGUUAUAUGCCUUUAAAUAAUAGCUAUAUAUUUACUUUAACCAGGAUUCUUUUAAGUCCAAAUUGGUGUGCAUAAUUUGCCCAAAUUACGUGUCACAGUUAUAGGACUUGAUCCUGUGAGGUUGGUUAUUGACCUAGAAGAAAGAAAAGAUAAGUUUCAAAGCUAUAUGCCUUUAAAUUAUAGCUAUAUGUAUUUGCACGCAAACUGUAACCAAGAUUUUAUAAGUCCAAAAGAACGCAUAAUUUAUCCAAAAUCUAUGUCAGAGUUAUGUGACUUAAUGCUAUAUUCUCGUUUUAUAACCCCGAAGACACAUGUGAAGUUUCAAUUCAACGUCUGCAUUGGUUCUGCAUUGGUUUUGGAGACUGUAACAUUAAAGCAAAACUUUUACCAGGAUUUUUUAAGUCCAAAAGUAGCUGAUUCCCAUGUGUUAGUCACGCCUUUAAUUUAGUCCAGCUGCUUUUAUGAAAUGAAUACCAGCUUAAGUAUAAAAACAAGAAACGCGGCAAUGCCACGAAACCAGGUUUUCAACACUUUUCAUAAGAAUAAAAAAGUAUACCGAAGCACAGUGCACCACUUUAAAGCAUAACCCUAACCCUAACCCUAUUUUUAGUAACAAUGACCUUGACCUUGAUCCCAGAAACCCCAAGAUCAAUAUCAAGCUACAACGUUAUAUAAGCUUUCUAUACACCAAGUUUCAUCAUGAUAGCUCAUUCCUAAGUUAAGUUAUUGACCGGAAACUCUUUUUCUAUUUUAAGUAACAGUGACCUUGACCUUGAACCCAGAAACCCCAAAAUCAAUCCCAGCCUUUGUCUUGAUAUAAGCUACAUACAUACCAAGUUUUAUAUAAAUAUCUUUACCGAAACAAAAGUUAUUGAACGGAAACACCAGUUUGACGCCGCCGCCCGCCCAUCCGCCCGACCAACGACAUACCCCAAUCUAAUAUCUCAGGUUUUCGUUGAAAACCUGGUUAAUUAGAUUAAAUUUCUUCUAAAUUGCUAUCAUAACUGUGCAGUCAUAGUAUAUCGUAAUAUAUGAUCCAGUUUAAAUAUAUUGAUACAAGAUUUCAUGCAGAUAUAAUAACAAUAUUAUUGCUAAAGCUUUCCCGUACUUUUCCCACAUGUGUAAGAGUUUUUACGGUUUAGGUGAGGAUUAUCAAUAAUAGUUACAGUAUUCUUUAACCGCUUGUAUAAUAUUGUCCGUAAGUAUUGACCUGGCGCUCAAUAACCUUCGCCAAUAUUUUCGGGCGUUUUCGUAAUUUUACGCGAUAUUGUGUCUUGAAAAUAUCUAGAUUUAUCAAAAUAAUAAACUUAGAUAACCAAAAGCAUAGUGGUGUAGUGGUAAGCUCUCCGACUUGGAAUCGCGAUACCAGGAGUUCGAAUUAAUUACUAACCAUUUUUUUUAUAUAAUUUCGUGUGCUUGUAUUUGUAUCUAUUCUACAUUAUUUUAUGAAACAUUUUAUUUUGUGUCAUUAACAACAGUUCUUUGAAUUGUCCGUUGAAUGAAUGAAUGAAUGAAUGAACGAAUGAAUGAUAAAUUAAUUAAUUAAUUAAUUAAUUAAUACUUGUCCGGUCCUGAAGAUUUUAAACGACAUUUUGUAGAACGGUGUUAUGAACGUGGAAGAAUGUUGAUUAAUUGCAGAGUAUUUUGUUGAUAAGCCAUGAUAAGUGUGACAAUUUUUCCGUCUGUUAAUUUUACAGAUAAGAUAAAAAGCAAAAAUAUUUCGAUCAGGACUUGACUUCGAACACACAACCCUGAAGUUAUUUGCAAAACGCGUUGUCCGCACAGCUAUAUCUGCACAUGAUGCAUGAUGGUAUAUAAUUGGCUUUUCGAUAGUUAUAUCGUUAUUUAGGUUCGGAUACUGAAAAUUAAUUUACUGAAACAUAAGCACACCCUAUAAACGACUGUACUCCCCCUCAUGCUCUUACGAGUGAUCAAAACAAUAAACUGACAGCUACAAGUUGAAAAACAACAUUUUAAAGUGACUGAUUUGCUUUGAAGGUAUGUAUAUUUACAUUCUAUUGGAAGCUGAACAUGAUUUGUUUCUGUAUAUAAUGUGUUUGUCUAAUUACAGGUAGAAUUAUAGCAAAAAAACUCGAUUGAUAACUGAUUUCGUCCAGAAAUUGUACAUUGUCGGCGUCAAAAGUACAUAUUUUCUUGCUUGAAAAAUUACCUUCAUGUAAAUUCAACUCUUUCAUGGAUAAAGAAGCAAUAUUAGUUUGGUGAAAUUAAAUAAAAUCAUUUACUCACUCUUAAGUCGUGAGUAAAUCAGUUAUUCACUAAUUCCAUGUUCCUAACUACAGAAAAGACAAAGAAUGAUAUAGGAUACAGGUUUUUACUAUUUGACAGCAUUUCAAUGAACAGUAAAAUCGUAUAAAUUU